GCGACGGACAGUCAGCAGCACACCCUUGACACCCUGGAGCAGAGCGUGAGCGUGCUGCUGGAGCGGCUGGGGAGCCUGGAGACCCGGACCGCGUGGGUGUCCCCCCAUGCGUCCUCUCACGCGUCCCCCCACCCCGUCCCGCCCUCGCACCCCAGGCGGACCAGGGACGCGAGCAAUACGAAGAGGAUGCCCAUCACUGCCUUCCUCGGUUCGAACGGAGAGAACAGCACGAAGGUGAUUUACUUCACGGAGAGGACGGUGACCCCGUUCCUGACCUCGGUCCCCCGCCGACUGGGGGAGGUCACCCUGGCCGACUUCAAACAGGUCUUCGACCGAGCCGGCAACUAUCGAUUCCACUUCCGAUCUCACGAUCCCGAGUUCGGCCUCGUCAAAGAAGAGGUUAAAAACGUUUAA